AUAUAUAUGCUAUAUAUUUCCUCCACCACAGCAUCCUUCUUCUCUACCAAGUUAAGGUCAUUUAGAAGCAGCAACCAAAACCAAGUUGAAAGAAAAUGUCUCUUGUCAAUGAAGAGAUAAAGGCCAAAGCUGAGGUCUACCAUGGAGAUGAAAUCUGCCAAGAGAAAACAAAGCUAUUGCUCAAGGAAGUAGGCCUGCCCAAUGGUCUCUUGCCCUUGCAUGACAUUAUAGAAUGUGGGAUUGUGAGGGAGACGGGAUUCGUGUGGCUCAAACAGAAGAAGAGCAUAACUCACAAGUUUGAGAAGAUUGGGAAACUUGUUACCUAUGCAACUGAGGUCACAGCUAUGGUGGAACCCGGCAAGAUCAAGAAGCUAACUGGGGUAAAGACCAAGGAGCUAUUGAUCUGGGUGUCACUAUGUGAUAUCUAUCUGGAUGACCCACCAACUGGCAAGAUCACUUUCCAGACACCUACUGGUCUAUACAGAACUUUCCCUUGUUCAGCUUUCGAGGUUGAAGAAACUAAGGAUGUCAAGGAAGAAAACAAGGAAGUGAAGGAAGUGAAUGCAGCUGUGGAAGUGCAGGAUGCGUGAGUAGUUCAGUUUACAAGUUUGAGUACUAAGAAGUCUUUAUCCCUUGUGUCUUGCUAUCCCUAAGUUGUUUACUGGAAAUAAAAUGAGUUUAAAAAUUUAAACAAUGGUUUCAAUAUUCAAUGAUUUUACAGAAACUAUUUGUGGUGUUCAAGUUGAAAAUUUGUAAUUUUGGGAAGUGCAAAAAUUAUCUUGAAGUGAUGAUUUUGCAAGUUCUCUUUAAACAUGAAUGAAAAAGUAAGAAAUUAAAUUAA